AUGGAUGGAUCUCUUUCAGAUCUCGUCCAUGACUACCAACUAACCACGCGUUACGAGGGUGUCUUCACCAUUCACUUCCAUCGUGAUCCUGAUGCACCUCCUUCAGCCCCUUACCGACAGGAACGCUGGAAAAAGGUUCGCACGCUUGGUCAUGGAGGCCAAGGGGAUGUUCUCUUGCAAACAUGCACCGAUGGAGGCCGGAGCGUUUUCAAUCGCGCCGUUAAACGAAUUCGGCUGGAGAGUGAGCAUUCCAAACGAUACUACAGACGCGAGCUCGAAUCCAUCGUCAAGUUCUCCCAUGAAAAGUACUCUCAGUAUUUUGUCAAGUCCCUCGGAUGGUAUGCGACAUCGAAUAAGCUGUACAUAGCUAUGGAAUUCUUUCCUGAUGGGGACUUGUAUGCCUAUAUUCGUGACCACAGAAGUUUGACAGACGAUGAAUGCAGCCACAUCAUUAGCCAAGUCCUGUCGGGUGUCGCUGUUAUGCACGAAGCAGGAUUCGCCCAUCGUGACGUGAAGGCUCAGAACAUCCUAGUCUAUAAAGUCCCACAGGACCUCGCCCCAAGCUCUUGGUGGGUGAAGCUUGCGGACUUCGGUAUCAGUAAGAAACUAGGAACGGAGACGACCGGAACAACCCUGGCUUCAGGGACCCCAUUAUAUAUGGCACCCGAGCUCCUUCAAUACGACUCUCGGAGCAUCCGAACGGAGGAUUACUUCAAGGCAGACGUAUGGGCUAUAGGGAUAACUGCUUUCUUCAUUCUGACAAAAAGCGUGCCAUUCAAAAGUCAGCCUGCGAUAUUCCACUAUUCAGGGAAUUUUCAAGACCUUGCAGCUAUUUUUGCUGAUUUCCAACUCACUGAGAAUGCUCAGAACUUUGUCUCUGAGGUAUUAAAAGCACAACCACGGGAAAGACCUGAAGCAGAAAGGGUAAAGCAACAUGCAUGGAUUCGCCAUUGGCUGCCAGAAAUCCCAACGCCGGGGGCACUCAGCAGUCUACGAUUCCUUCCUGUCGAAGUUCUCUUGAAGACUGCACGGGAGUGA